CAUUGACUCAAUUGGUCAACACGGGUUCGCCGAACGUGAAGAUAAUUAAUACUACUCGUAGACGUAGGAAAGCGAUAAAUCAUACUCUUUAAUUUGUUAUUGUCAGACGUGUAGAUAAAACAAACCGUGAUUGCGCGCACGAGGAAACUUGCAUCGUAAAUAGUUUUGAAUAUAAAUUUCACGUGCAAAUAUAACUCGUUCUAUGGCCACGUGAAAAUGAAGAAAAGUAGAUUCCUCUGUCGUGUGGCGUUUACGCCCGAGCGAGGCGAGAAUCUCUUCCCGAACAUAUAUCUAACGGCUUUUUUUUCACACGGCGUGUGCCAAAUUCGAUUUUGAGCGCACGCUUUUGACCGAGCGUGCGGCAUAGUCGCGCUUUGUGCACGAACUAUCAAAAAAGAAAUUAUUCGGGCGGCGAGGGAACUUCUCGACGCUGGUUAAUUAUUUGCUCUUGUCAAGCAACGGAAUGUCGACGAAUUCCACGGUGCAGUACUGUGGUAGCUAGUUAUAGUCUGGUGCUCGUCAAAAGCCUCUUGUCCAAUAAACCGUCGAUCUUCACGAUCUUUUCGACGGCUUGGCUCUUCUUUUUCGUAUUUUUCUUUUAGCAACGAAAAACGAAGAAUUAUCGAGAGUGCGAUAGAAAAAAAUUCAAUUUGCCGAGGCCGAUCGAUGGGUCUCGCGCGCUACGCGUGCAUUGAUUGUGCCAAUCAAAAUCUGCGCGAUUUCAAUUAAGGAGCCGCUUUGAUUGCACCCGAGAGAGGACUUUUUUCCACCCGACCUGCCUUUGUUCUUUUGCCUAAAUGGGUUCGUCACUGAGCCUGUUUUGGGGUUCAGCUAACGACAAUGUCGUCGAUCCAGCAACUGGACUGACCGGACGCCAAAAGAAACUUGUCCAAAGCACGUGGGCACUCUGCAGGAAAGAUCCCAUAGCCAGUGGCGUGGCUAUCAUGACGGCCUUCUUCAAAGCGCAUCCAGAUUACCACCAAGACUUCGCGGGUUUCAAGGAUGUACCGCUGGACGAGCUGCCAGGGAACAAAAAGUUCCAAGCUCACUGCCUCGCCGUGGUGACAACCCUGAGCAACGUGAUCGACUCGAUGAACGAUACGGAGCUCCUGGCAGCCAACCUUGUUAGCAUCGGCGAGAAACAUAACAAACGCGGACAAACCAAGCAACAGUUCCUCGACUUGAAAGAAGUUAUGAUGGAAGUUCUACGGCAGAAGUUGGGUGCCAAAUUCACGGCCGAGACGUCCGAGGCAUGGAACAAGACGUUGGAUGCAGCGUAUAGCAUUAUAUUUUCAGCUUACUCCACGUAAUGUUGGCCCAUCGUAAACCCUUCUCUUUCACCCCCAUUUCUCUCCCUCUCUCUCUCUCUCUCUUUCUUCCUCACUCUCUGUCUCUAUUUCAUACUCGUACACACAAAAAUAUGAAAGAAAAGCAAUUAUCGUGUUUCUGUACAAAUAUAUCAAACAAAUCGAAAAUGCAUAGCUUUGAUGUUCUCUCUCUAUUUUGCUGCUUGUUAUUUUACAUAAAAUUAUUGUACAUAAAGUUUAAUUGCUCUUGCGAAGAGUAUACCACUUCACUGUUUUGUUGCUCGUGUAAAAAAAGACUCGGUCGGUAACAUACUAAUUUCGGACUCGCUGGGAAAAAAAUAGUAUACGCACCCCGGUAGCGAAAUUGACAAGCCCACAGCACGUAUUUGACAACAUCGGCUUUGCCUCGCUUGUCAAACUUACCAAUACUUUCCCGGCCUAGGCAUGUAAUCUACUAUUCCCCGUCUCUCUCUGACCGAGCGAUCGAUGAAAUCGCUUAUUCCCAUUAUCCCCGUCUGUUGUGUGUAUGCGUGUCUAUGUAUACGUCGUUGUUGCGUCUUUCGUUUUGUACUCUCGAGCACAAUAGAUGCCUGCGCGACACUUUUGUUGCCAGAAAGAGAGAGAGAAUGAGAGAGUGAGAGCGGGGGAGACGUGGAGCGAGAGCGAGAAAGAGGGAGAGAGGGAGGAAAAGAGAGAGAGAGAGCGAGCUCUUAUUGUUUUGUCUCGCGCACGCGUCUCUCUCUCUCUUUCUCUUACACACACACACACACACACACACACACACACACACACACACACACACACACACACACGCGCGCGCGCGCGCGCGCGCGCAACAC